CGUCGAAGCAGUCAGCUAAACUUCAGAAUGGAGAAGAGAGGAGGAAAAGCCGUUAGUUGGCACCGUUAGUGGACAGAAAGCCGCACCGUCCAUGUCUGUUAAACUAACAUCGACCCGCUUAUACAUAAAUAAAAAUAACAGACAGUUCGCGAUGUCGCGAGAAAACACCACGCGCAGCCUGGACAGCAUAGACCUCUCAGCUUUAAGGGAUCCAGCAGGCAUCUUUGAGCUGGUUGAGGUGGUGGGCAAUGGGACCUACGGCCAGGUGUACAAGGGUCGCCAUGUCAAGACUGGUCAACUGGCAGCUAUCAAAGUCAUGGAGGUCACCGAGGAGGAAGAGGAGGAGAUAAAACUGGAGAUAAAUAUGCUGAAAAGUUAUUCCCAUCACAGAAACAUUGCUACUUAUUAUGGUGCCUUCAUUAAGAAAGGACCUGCUGGUCAGGACCACCAACUCUGGUUAGUGAUGGAGUACUGUGGCGCCGGCUCGGUGACGGACCUGGUGAAAAAGACCAAAGGAAACUGUCUGAAAGAGGACUGGAUUGCCUACAUCUGCAGAGAGGUGCUAAGGGGUCUUUCCCAUCUUCACUCCCAUCAUGUGAUCCAUCGAGACAUAAAGGGCCAAAAUGUCUUAUUGACUGAGAAUGCUGAGGUCAAACUGGUUGACUUUGGAGUGUCGGCUCAGCUGGAUAAGACGAUUGGUCGAAGGAACACGUUCAUUGGUACUCCUUAUUGGAUGGCUCCAGAGGUCAUCGCCUGCGACGAGAAUCCAGAUGCCACCUAUGAUUAUAGAAGCGAUCUUUGGUCAUUAGGCAUCACUGCAUUGGAGAUGGCCGAAGGAGCGCCUCCUCUCUGCGAUAUGCAUCCAAUGAGAGCGCUGUUCCUGAUUCCUCGAAACCCCGCGCCCAGACUCAAAUCAAAGAAGUGGUCGAAGCGCUUCUUGUCAUUUGUUGACAGCUGCCUGGUGAAAAACCACAUGCAUCGCCCCACCACGGACGCUCUGCUGAAGCACGCCUUCAUCAGGGACCUGGCGAACGAGAGGCAGGUCCGCAUCAUGCUGAAGGACCACCUGGACCGAACCAGGAAGAAGCGAGAAAAAGAGGAUCAGGAGUUUAAAUACAGCGGCAGCGAGGACGAAGAAGAUGAUGUCACAGAGGAGGAAGGUGAACCCAGCUCCAUCGUCAACGCUCCCGGUGAAUGGACGUUAAGGCGGGAGUUUCUUCGCUUACAGACCGAAGAUCGCGAAGGAGGCAGAGAGGGGGGUCACAGAGGAGGAGGAGGGGGUCCGCAACGACAGCAGCAGCAGCACAGGCAGCAGCUGGCUGAACAGGAACGAAUCAGGCAGAUUCUGGCCGACAGACAGAGACGGGUCCAGCAGCAGCAGGAGCAGCGGCAGAGGUUGGAGAAUCAGCAGAGGCUGGCUGAGUGUGGCGUUCAGUGGGCGGAGCUUCAGGAGGUCUUUAUAGGGGACGAGUCUGAGCUCCAUGACAACAGAAUCUUGCUGGGGGAGAAAAACAGGAGGUGUGAGAGGAGACAGGAUCACGGAGGCAGGCAGCGUGAUAAUGCAUCAGUGAGGCCUCUUGACUCCGCAGCGGAGCAGAGAGCCGUGGCUCCCAACCCGCUGCUUCAGCACAAGUCCCAGCAUUCCCAGCAUUCCCAGCUUCUGCCUCCAGCUAAGCCUCAGCCUGUGGCCCAGCAUCAGCAGCCCCCGGCGAGCAGGAGGUCCCACCGCACCCUGCCCAAAGACCAAACCCAGCUCCUGUCGCUGCAGCACGACCACAGACAGAAGGAGAAGGAGAGGCAGAGGCAAAGGGAAGCGCCGGUCGCACCUGUCCAAAAGCUGACCGUUUUUAAUGGGCACAAACCCGCUGCUCUGUCUCCCGCUCGUUCUGCUGCUUCCCCCGCCGCUGCAGGCCGCCCCGCAAACACCCAGCGCAUAGCGAUGGAGCUCCAGGAAUCCCAGUUAGCCAGGGUGCUUCUGGCUGCCGGCCUUCCCAUUCAGAUGCACUCCAGGUCGGGCUCCGGAAGCAACUCCAGUCCCUGUACCCCGGCCAUGCAGAGAGCUCACCUCAGCCAGAACCCCAACCUCGCCUCCAGUCGCGACGCCCAUCACAGCAGCUCCAUGUCAGAUAUGGCCAUCUCCCCGCUGUCCCCGUUCUCCCCCACCGACAACGUCUUCUGGGACUCGGACACCCCGCCUAAAGUUCCAGAACGAACAACUUCUAAAUUCUACUGCAGAGAGCUGGUGAUGGGACACAAGAGGACGGCCUCAAGUGGCAGUCCGUUGUCGGUGUUAGAUCGGAGCGGAAGGUCUGUGUCUCAUGGAGGUUCUUCAUCAGGCAGCAACCACCCAGGCCUGUUCAAGCUUGAAAGUCCUCUGCUGCAGCAGCGUCUGCACAGGAAGACCGAUAACAGCAGUGGACAGACGCAGGGAGUAAAAGCAGCUGUGGGGCGAAGCAAGGCGGCUGAGUACUCCUCCUCCAGUGACGACGUUGGCAGCAGCGAUGAGGAGGACAGAAACAGGUCCGGCCUCUCUAAUGGAAAAGGGAAACACUUCAGAGGAAUCCCUGAUGGCAUCGUCCUGCAGCCCCACCAGAACCUGAACCAGAUGUCCCGGCUGGGAUCCGAUGAUACCUACCUGCUGCCGGACCUCCUGCAGAAAACCUCCGCCUCCAGUCCAGCACACAGCGCUCUGAGCCAGCAGCGAACAUGUGAAUUCAGCUGUUCGCUUUCCCCAACGGCUCCAGGAUCCCCCACUCUGCAGGACCUGCAUGCUGUAAGCAGUCCAUCCACCAAAAGCACCUGCUCCUCUUCCUCCCUGUCCUUCAUCGACCCAAGACUGAUCCCCAUAUCGUCGCCCCCACAGAGUCCAACAGCCAUGAAGGGUGAGCCGCUGAAGAGGGAGUUUCACAGGAAGGGCUCAGUAGUGAACGUAAACCCAACCAACAUACGGCCGCAGAGCGACAGCCCGGAGAUCCGGAAGUACAAGAAGAAGUUCAACGCUGAGGUUCUGUGUGCUGGAUUGUGGGGCGUGAAUCUGUUGGUGGGAACAGAAAACGGCCUCUGGCUGCUGGAUCGAAGCGGACAAGGGAAGGUCUACUCUCUGAUCAGCAGGCGAAGGUUUCAGCAGAUGGAAGUACUGGAGGGACUCAAUGUCCUGAUUACAAUUUCAGGCAAAAAGAACAAGCUGCGUCUGUAUUACCUGUCCUGGUUAAGGAACAAGAUCCUCCAUAACGACCCAGAAGUGGAGAAGAGGCAGGGCUGGACCUCAGUGGGAGACCUGGAGGGCUGUGUACACUACAAAGUGGUGCGAUACGAGAAGAUAAAAUUUUUGGUGAUUGCCCUGAAGAAUGCUGUGGAGGUGUACGCCUGGGCCCCCAAACCCUACCAUAAGUUCAUGGCCUUCAAGUCCUUCAGGUCCCUGCCUCAGAAACCGCUGUCAGUCGACCUGACAGUGGAGGAAGGUCAAAGGUUAAAAGUCAUCUACGGCUCCUUGUCUGGUUUCCACGCCAUCGAUGUCGACUCUGGAACGCCGUAUGACCUCUACCUGCCAACACACAUCCAGGGUCCGGUCCAUCCUCAUGCCAUCAUCAUUUUGCCAAACAAAGCCGGAACAGAAGUUCUGGUUUGCUAUGAAGAUGAAGGCGUCUACAUCGACACCUACGGCCGCAUCACCAAGGACACGGUUCUGCAGUGGGGCGAGAUGCCUACAUCCGUCGCUUACCUUCAGUCCAACCAGGUGAUGGGUUGGGGAGAAAAGGCCAUAGAGUUGAGGUCUGCCAACACAGGGAACCUGGAGGGAGUCUUCAUGCACAAGAAGGCCCAGAAACUGAAGUUCCUGUGUGAGAGGAACGACAAGGUGUUCUUUGCUUCGGUGCAGUCCGGAGGCAGCAGCCAGAUCUACUUCAUGACGCUCGGACAGAACUCUCUUUUCAGCUGGUAGCCGUCGCAGCCGUCUCUCGGGCUCUAGAUCUUUCUUCAGGAUUAGAUUUGUACUGAACCAAUCAGAGGGCAGGAUUUACAGAUUAGCCUUCUUCUGCUUGAAUCCAUCCAGUGCAGCCGUCGGGACCUCAGAUUCCCAGAAAGGUAACUUUAGCUGAUUGCCGCGUCGCUUGAAGGCAGAGCUAGCAGCGCCUUAAUGAGAUAGCAGCAAAUCUUAAUGUGUAGACCUCAGAUCCGUAUGAGAGGUUGAUCUACAGCCGCUGAAGAAGAUUCGGACUUCAUCGUGUAACAAGUUCCUGGACAUCCGUCCACAUCGAACCAUCAGUAUCCGUUCGAUGGAUCACCAGUCGGCUGAUGGGGAGCACGCCCGUUUUUUGACGUUUGCUUAGACUUCCCAUCUGCCAUACCUCAAAGAUGUUUGAAAUUAACGACUUUUAGAUAAUCCCACCCUAAUUUAUUCUAGUAAACAUGAGCCUGUGAACUAUAGGAAGUUUAUCUUCAUGUUAGGAUAAUGUGACACCAUCAUUUAGAUACAUCAGCAGCCUUUAAAACAGACAGAAAUCUGAUAAUUAACUGGAGUUUAUCAAUAAAUUAAACUUUUUAUUAGUGUAUGCUGAAUAGUCUUCCUCCUCUAACAGUUCACUAUCAGUUAAAAUUAUUUUUACAUAAGAAGGACCAAAAAUGUAACUGCUUUGAAAUAUGGUGAUUAGUAACAGUCCACUGUUACUAUUUUCUGUACAGCUUAAGAUUUAUCUAAAAUGCACUGUUUUCUAAAUGUUUUACAAAUCAAAAAGCCAUCUGUAUUUCCCUGUACAGAGGGUAAAUAAACAGGCUCAUAAAUGUGAAAAACUCAGAACAGACUGUGUUACUUCAGUGAUUUUUAAAUGUUUUUCCUAGUGUUGAAUAGGAGCCACUGACCAUAAAGCUCUUUUCGGGGUUUCAUUAAAUUAAUUAUCUUUG